AAUAUAGAAUAAGAUAUGAGUUAACUUUCUAUCUCUCAUCUAUAUAAAUCAUAAAUGGACCUAUUGAAGAUGGUGCAAGUCUGACUCUGUGAAUAACGAGGAAAGUGGGUGACAAAAAAUUGCAGAAAUUUUGCUUCCUUCUUAUAGUCAAUCAUUAAUUAUAUGGUCUUUUCAAUGGAGUAUUCUUAAGGUUAAAGAAGAAGUGAAGAACUAUCCUAAAAGUAGGUUUUUAUCAUAAUCAUCUUCUUUUUCUUAUAAAUAGAUUGAAGAAACAAACACCCAAUUUCUCUUUUUUUUCCCUCCUUUUUUUUUUUCUUUCUCUCUCACUCAAACUUUCAUCUUAAGUUGCAAAAUUUCUUAUUUUUAGAGAGAGAAGAUUCUGAAGAUGGGAAAUUGCUGGUGUUCUGAAGAAGAAAAAACAACAACUCCUAGCACUACUGGAAAUUUUAGCUCAGGUGUAAUAAGUCAAAGUACAUCAUUGGCAACCAGUAGCAAUAUUUCAAGCAAGAGCCAAUUCUCUGUAUCAAGUAGUGAUGAUGUGUAUCCAAAUGGGCAUAUUCUGCCCACCCCAAAUCUAAGAGAAUUCAGUUUUCAAGAAAUGAAAACUGCUACUAGAAACUUCAAAGGUGAUACUUUAUUAGGUGAAGGAGGCUUUGGUAGAGUCUACAAAGGUUGGCUUGAAAGCAAGCAUCCUCACAAGAGUGGCAGCGGUGUGGUUGUUGCCAUUAAGAAGUUGAAUUCCGAGAGCGUGCAAGGUUUCGAAGAGUGGCAGUCUGAAGUAAAUUUCUUAGGAAGGCUUUCGCACCCUAAUUUAGUCAAACUACUUGGGUACUGCUGGGAAGAUAAAGAGUUGCUGCUCGUAUAUGAAUUUAUGUCCAAAGGCAGCUUGGAAAACCAUCUUUUUGGCAGGGGUUCUGCUGUUCAGCCACUACCUUGGGACUUGCGGCUUAAGAUUAUCAUUGGAGCUGCUCGGGGAAUUGCUUUUAUACAUAGUUCAGAUGAUCGAGUUAUAUAUCGCGACAUUAAAGCAUCCAACAUACUCCUGGAUAGUUCAUAUAAUGCAAAGAUAUCAGACUUUGGCUUGGCAAAGUUGGGUCCUUCCGAGAGUCAGUCCCAUGUUACAACAAGGGUCAUGGGCACUUAUGGAUAUGCUGCACCUGAGUAUGUUGCCACAGGUCACUUAUACGUCAAGAGUGAUGUGUAUGGCUUUGGCGUUGUGAUAGUGGAGCUUCUCACUGGCCUACGAGCAUUGGAUACAACCCGUCCUAGUGGGAAGCAUACCUUGGUGGAUUGGAUCAAACCAUUUCUGUCUGAUAAGAGGAAGUUGAAGGGCAUUAUGGAUACAAGGUUGGAGGGGAAGUAUCCAUUAAAAGCUGCGGUAGCAACUGCUGAACUAGCUCUAACAUGCAUCGAGCAAGAACCCAGAGCUCGACCCUCAAUGCAAGAAGUUCUAGAAUCCCUAGUAAAAAUUCAGGCCAUAGAUCAUGAAAAACCAAGGGUGCCUAGGAGAUCCUCAACUGGUAAGGCAUCAGUUCGCCCUCAUGGCCAUCGUCGACAAAAUGGGAUUCGAUCUCAUACCAAUUCUCUACAUUCUAGAUAGAUAGUGUUUGCAUAAAAUGCUUUUAACUUGUCAGAUUUUUUUGUUAAAUUUUGUGCUCUAAAAUUUUAUUUUAAUGAUAAUUUUCCUACAAUAUUAUGAUGGAAAAUACUAGAUAGCUCGAUCCGAAACAGAGUUGUAAUUUGAUGACAUGAAGUAUUUGUAAUUAUUCAACUAUAGUAUGUAAAAUUUGUGAAUUUGAUUUCUUGCUAAUAAUGUAAGUAUAGUUUAAAUUUU